GGCAGAUGGAGUGGGCGGGGAAAGUGAUGCAUUUGAAUUCAGCUGUGAGUGUGGAUGUGGGUCUAGAAGAGUCAAGAGGUAACUUCCUGAUCUCAGCGCAGUGAAACUAUUUCUUCCUUUCUUCAUCUGCUGUUUUUGGAAUGGAUAUUGAUUUUGGAGACUUUGAAUGAUUUUCUGUGGAUGGAAAAGAAGUCUGCAGCUUCCCUCCUUUGUUGUGAAAGUAGUUGUUGCGUCUCUGGAGCUGGAUUUUUACGACGACUUUCCAAGCUCUGCUGGUGGUCUUCAACCCAAGUUUGGAUUCAAGGGGAAGGCUUGGGGAUUCAUCUGACACUGGUGGCUUCCUGGGAAGUAUUACUGUCAGUCAGAAGAAAACAAAGUAUCUUUGACUUAAUCUGCACAACUUUAAAAAGGAACCCCGAUGGCAAAGCUGAAAGAGGAGCUUUGGAAAAUCCUUCAGGACUUGAAAGAGAAGGACUUCGAGCUUUUCAAAUGGUUUCUGAAUAUAGAUAAUAUCGUGGAGGGCUUUUCAGGAAUUCCUAGCGCUCGGUUGGAAAAGGCGGAAAGACAGGAUGUUGUAGAUCUGUUGGUGCAGAAAAAUCAGGUUACUGGAGCUCUGAUGUUAACCAAGGCGGUUUUAGAGAAGAUCAGCAGGAAUGAUCUGGUGGAGCGUUUGGAAAGCUCCAGCCCGGAAACAAAAGACCUCAAGAACCACGAGUGUGUUGCUCUGAAAGGCGAACUUGAAAAGAAGAAAGUCGAGCUGGGGGCUAAAAUCGAGCUGAUGAUCCAGGAGAGGGAGACGAAGAUCGAGGAGAUCAAACUCUCAGCAGAGCUCAGUGGCAAAUCUGCAGACAGACAAAUCACAGACAGCGAGCAGGCUUUCGCUGUGUUGCUGCAGACUUUGAAGGAGAGUCUGGAUAAUCUCAUUGAGUCCAUUAAUGAGAAGCGGAAAACAACACAGAAACAGGCCGAGGAAUGCAUACAAGAGCUGGAGCAAGAACUCUCAGAGCUAAGAAAGAGAAGCGCUGAGGUAGAGAAACUCUCAACCACCAAAGACCAUCUUAACUUUGUCCACAGCUUUGCCUCCAACACUAAGAACUGGACAGAAUUCAGCAUCACUCCCCCGUCAUAUGGAGGAAGUGUGGGGAGCACUGUGGACCAGCUCGAGAAAAUGCUCAGAAAACAGAAGGACGCAUUUAUUGCAAAGGGGAAGCUGAACAGGGUCCAGCAGUUUGCAAAAGAUGUGUCUCUAGAUCCUAACACAGCUCAUCCCAACCUCGUUCUGUCUGACAAUGGGAAGCAAGUGUACUGUGGUGAUGUAAAACAAAGCCCACCGGACUGCUCAAAAAGAUUUCUUUCUGCCAUCAAUGUUCUGGGAAAGCAGAGUUUCUCUUCAGGAAGAUUUUAUUAUGAGGUUCAGGUCAAAGGGAAGACUUCUUGGGAUCUAGGUGUCGUCAAAGAGUCGAUUGACAGGAAGGGAUCAAUCAACGCAAGCCCCGAGAAUGGCUACUGGACUAUAUGUCUUAGAAAGGGAGAGAAUUACCGAUCUUCUGGAAUCCAUCUCCGUGUGAAAUCCCAACUGGAGAAGGUUGGCGUGUUUGUGGAUUAUGGGGAGGGCUCGGUCUCCUUUUAUGACGUAGAUUCAGCACACAUUAUCCACACCUUUACUGGAUGUUCUUUCACUGAAAAGCUCUACCCAUUCUUCAGUCCUGGUCUUUAUCUUUCUGGUAAAAACUCCGCCCCUCUUGUCAUUUCUCCUAUAAAUUACACUGAUUAGAUCAUCCACCGACUGAUGGUUCUGCAAUUUACAAGUCUUGCCUAUUUCAUCCUUAUCAGACAUUGUAACGGGUUUGACAAGGUUUUAAUUUUGGGGUGCCAGUCAGAGUCAAGUCCGACAAACAAAAACUAAAUGCAAACAAAAAAAUAGCCAACCUGCACAAAAUAGGAGCCAAGCAAGAGCAAAAAACAAUCAAACAAAACAACAAUGGGAUUUCAAAUAUAUAUAUUAUCACAGGCAUCAACCACACUGCAACAAAAUGAAUGUGAGCACUGUGUGUGUGCGUGUUUCACAGUCUGUGUUUGUAACUCAAAGUUCACUCCCUUCCGGCAAAAGUCCGCUCCGGUAACCCACAACCCACAGUUCAGUCCAUUUCAGUUCAAUGUUCAAAUACAAAACAAAAAGUCCGCUCCGGGUUUUACGGGGCCUCGAAAACAAAUCAGGAAAAAAACUGACAAGAAAACCAGCGUCUCUCUUCGCGGAGCAAAAAUCAAACACAAAGAAAGUAAAGACACAGCAGGCACUCACGGUACCGAAGUUUUUAAGUCAGUCAGUAGUCAGAGUCAGAGUUGGGCUUUGCUCCACCGGCCUCUCCUGACUCCAGGGAUCAGCUGAUCCUCCAGGAACAGGGAAAUAAACAAAUCCAACAGGUAGCCGGGCCUGACAGCAACGGACCUCCAGCGACAAAGACUUUAACAAACGGCCAUACACGAACUUUCAAUCACUCUUUACACCGAGGUAACCUUCUCCUUCACUGACUUUUUUCCAAUGACUCUCCGCACCUCUACAAAUGCCUCCUGGAGGACGGAUUCAGACUUCGCGGGCACUGUGGCUGUUUUCCAUUGGCGUGUGAGAUGAAUGUGGGUGGAUGACGGAGGAAGCCAUGAAUGGAGGUGUGUACAAAGAGGAUUCUGACUCUGCAGGCGCUACAUGUAUGUUACAUUUUGACUGUAUGAUAUUGAGUUUCCAGGUUUUAUAUUUUGUCCAUAGAAAACUAAAAUUUGCCCAACAGAGUCCAACAAGUUUCCCCAUCAUAGUCUGAAAAACAACGGCAACCAAAGUAAAUGCAAGUAGCACAAGUAAACUGGGUCAAAAGUUAUUGAUAAUUCCCAAUUCCACAUACUCUGUGCCCGUUUGCACUGUUGGUUCGGAAACAAAUAAAAAUGUGGAUGUUUCCUUUCUUUGUCUGCUCCAUAUUUCAUUUGCACUUUGUGAUGUGUUGCUCCUGAAAGGUGCUAUAUAAAUGAAGUUAUUCAUUUUGGGCUCUAGGUAAUUGUGAUGAAACAUCGCAGUGUUUUUGGAAGAUAAAUCCUUUCAGAAAAUGACCAUUCCAUGUAAUCCUACACAAAACUAAAGAGAUUUUCAGGAAUUCUAUUUUGGCUGAUGACGAAACAAGAUCACUGACUUUCGCUUUGUCGAUUCCAUGAUAUGACCUACAACCUUCACUAUGAAGAAACUGUCACCAAGCAUUCAGGCUGGAUGAUAAGGAUGGUGACAUUUUAUUACUUCAUACAUACUGCGUUGAUAAAUGGUGUAAAGUACAGUUCUUUAUACAGCACUUAUGGGACAUAAUGGUACGAGAUAUGUUAAGCACAGUCCAUUCCUGGAAAUAACUUUUAGGGGGUUAAAGUUCAGCUGAGGGCAAAAUGUUAGAUAAUAAAGGUAACUACAUCAAACCGGGAAGGUCGUAUUUGUUGUGUGAAGCCUUGCAAGUCAAACAGUUUUCUAAGAUACUGCAUUUAACUAAAACAUUUCAAGGGAUUUUAGUAUUCUAUUUUGGCUUGCAAUGAGACCGGAUCCCUGACUUUUCCUCUGCUGAUACCGAGGAAUGACCUCCCACCUUUAAUGGAAACAUACUGUGUGACAUAUUGUUCUGUCUCUAUCUGCCCAGCAACUCUUUUUGAAACCAGAGUCAGGAUAUGAAGUUCCAGUAAACAGCAUGUUCUAACCACACGUCACAUGUGCAUCAGGAGUAGUUGCACGUACGACCCUUGUAUAACCCUGUUGUCUAACCACAUGCUAAUAAAAUGCUAUACCUAGACUGAACUAUGCAAGUUGGCCUCUGACUAUUCUGUAUUCUGUACUGCAAGAUACUGACUUACCCCACAUUCUAGCAGUGUGAUGAUAAGAAAGGGAAGAUAGAAACUGGUACUACACAUCUCUGUGGGGAUUAUCAACUGGCAUAAAGCCAACCAUCACUAUUGGAAAUGGCUAGCCAUUAAUUUAAAGUUUAAAAAAAAGGGUAAAAGGGAAAAGGCUUUCUGACAACUGAGAGGCCAGGAACCUUAAGACAUGGAUUUGACUGGACUUCAAUAAAAAGUAACACAAGCUACAAAAAGCUGGAACAUCUACCCUGAUGGAAACGGGAAUAUUGAUAUUUUCAAAUUCCACAUUUUGUAGAACCUGUUUAAUAUAGAAUUUGUACCUGUUUUUACAUUACCAUCAUGGUUUUCCAUGAUUACAUGACAGCUUCUUUUUUGACUUGACAAUAGCAGUCAUAAAUGUUUUAUUGCAAUAAUAAAACACAGACAGUUUUGAUACCAUGUCAAACAUUAACAGGUCGAAUAAGAAAAGCUGUGACAAAAGACAGUUGGAAAGAGUCAGAGAAAAGAGAAGACAGCCUCCACAUCAGUACUUUCAGAAACUAAAGGAAGUAGCUCAAUGAGCACGCAGUAGAGUUUAAAAUAGAUUUGCCGUGGUCUGAGUAACACAACGGAACAUUCAGUGUUUGCAGCAAGGAGUUAUUAUGGCUAAACUUGAAGAGGAGCUCUUUAAAACUCUGCAAGAUUUAAGAGAAGAAGAAUUCAAGGAGUUCAAGUGGUUCUUGAAUAAAGUUGACAACGGAGAGGGCUUGUCAGGCAUCGCAGCGGCUAAGCUGGAAAAUGCAGGAAGGCACAACACAGUGGAUCUAAUGGUAGAGAAGUAUCAGGGUCCUGAAGGGUUGAGGGUUUUAAAAAAGAUCAGCAGGAAUGAUCUGAUGCAGCAUUUGCAAGCCUUAAAAAAGACCUCGAGACACAAACUCCACUUUGAAAAGACCAAAAUCAUAAAAGAACAAGGUCCACGCUGAAGUGGGUCCAGCAGUUUGCAGUUGAUGUGACUCUGGAUCCUGACACAGCACAUCCUGCUCUCCUGUUGUCUGAGGAUGGCAAAGCAGUACAUGAUGGUGGUAUACUGAAGAAUCUCCCAUGCAACCAAAAAAGUCUGUCUUGUCUUGUCUGUCUAUGUAAACUGUGGGAAUGGAUUUGUAAAAACUGUCCUCAUAAAUACCCAAAGAUUAGAAGUCCAUGCACGCAGUUUACAAACCGCAUCUACAGAGAGCAACAAAACUGAGCACACAGAUUAGUCAACUUUGGGAAUUAAUUUACACACAUUUUUUCAUGUUUUCUUACUUUGUAGUUGUACCUGAUUAUGUGAUACAGGCGCGUGUGUACAGCCUCAGAAUGAAGGUUUGAAUACAAAUUCCUGCCGACUGAUUCUGUCAAAUGAAAAAGUAAAAAUAACGCGCUUUGAAGAAAACUCUUCUACAGUUGUGAUGAUUUGUCAACAGCAGAACCGUCUCUUAUAAGGAAGAAGUGAAGGUAAGAAAUCCUCCAGAAGAAAAGUGUGAAGAAACCUUGACUGAGAAUCUAUUGUUAUCACUUGUAAAUAUUAAACUCUGGUAAACAUCUGUU